AUGAGUGCAGCCGGGGUGAGCAGGAGGGAGAGUGCAGCCGGGGCGAGCAGAAGGGAGAGUGCAGCCGGGGCCGAGCAGGAGGGAGAGUGCAGCCGGGGCCGAGCAGGAGGGAGAGUGCAGCCGGGGCCGAGCAGGAGGGAGAGUGCAGCCGGGGCCGAGCAGGAGGGAGAGUGCAGCCGGGGCCGAGCAGGAGGGAGAGUGCAGCCGGGGCCGAGCAGGAGGGAGAGUGCAGCCGGAGCGAGCAGGAGGGAGAGUGCAGCCGGGGCCGAGCAGGAGGGAGAGUGCAGCCGGGGCGAGCAGGAGGGAGAGUGCAGCCGGGGCGAGCAGGAGGGAGAGUGCAGCCGGGGCCGAGCAGGAGGGAGAGUGCAGCCGGGGCCGAGCAGGAGGGAGAGUGCAGCCGGGGCCGAGCAGGAGGGAGAGUGCAGCCGGGGCCGAGCAGGAGGGAGAGUGCAGCCGGGGCCGAGCAGGAGGGAGAGUGCAGCCGGGGCCGAGCAGGAGGGAGAGUGCAGCCGGGGCCGAGCAGGAGGGAGAGUGCAGCCAGGGCCGAGCAGGAGGGAGAGUGCAGCCGGGGCCGAGCAGGAGGGAGAGUGCAGAUGUAAUUUAAUCAUGCUCACGAGGGUGCUGCAGCAAUCCGGGUGA